AUGCCUGGCUGGCUCGCUGGCAAGAGACGAAACGGUAUGGGAAACCCCGCUGGCUUGGCGGCCGGCUUGGCUCACGGCAAAGGUACUUCGGCCGUUACCACGAAGAUUACGUUUGUGGCAGACCGGUUCAAAGAUCACGGAGUUGGUUGUUUGUUUGUAUCUGGUGCCAAUUGCAGGGGCGGCUCUGGGUGUGGAUGUACUGUACGUAUUGUGCCUGGUCCUUUCAUGUUCAGCCAGGGAGGUUCGGGGCCAUUCGAAUCAAAAUUUAUAUCAUAUGAUAUGUAUUACAAGAUUCUAAAUUAA